AACCAAUCUCAAUUGAACGUGCGUUUCGUGUGUCUAUCGUAUCAUAUCUUACCACAGCAAUAAUACCGUUCUCUACUGUCUUCUAAUUUUCCCUCUUUUCUUCUCGAGAAUCGAAGAAGAAUUCGCUGGUGAAAGCAAAAUUACACGGAUUCAAUCAGUGUGUUUCGUUUUGGAUGGCUGGGAUUUGUUGCGGCGUUGUUGGAGAGGCCGGAGAGACUUCUUCUCCGACCAAGCCUACCUCGCGCCCUUUCUCUCGCCGGAGUUUGGACCAACUGCCUUUAAAAUACAUCGCCGGAGUGGCAAUCCCGGCGCCGGAGAAUCCUCGGAAGCGCCAGAAGCUGGAUCAGCGCGCUUCUCCGGCGCGGGAGUGUGAAAACGCGAUUCAGAGUUCUGAAUCGAAGGAAGUCGAGGAUGUCUCGCUUACGAAUUGUUCGAAGGUUGCUACUUUGGACUCGACAACGGGUGUGGUCCAAGAGGUGUGUCCGAAGUAUGGGGUAACCUCGGUUUGUGGCAGGAGGAGGGACAUGGAAGACGCAGUUUCAGUGCAUCCCUCGUUUUGCCAGGAAAGUCGUGAUGAAGAUCAGAAAGGGUUUCAUUUCUUCGCUGUUUUUGACGGCCACGGAUGCUCACACGUGGCGACUAUGUGCAAGGAGAGGUUACACGAGAUAGUGAAGGAGGAGAUUCAAAAAGCGAAAGAGAAUUUGGAAUGGGAAUCGACGAUGAAGAAGAGUUUCGCUCGAAUGGACGACGAGGUGCAAAGGUGGAGCAGAACCAAUGAGACUCGCGCAUGCAGGUGCGAGCUUCAGACCCCGCGCUGCGAUGCCGUCGGCUCCACCGCGGUCGUCGCCGUCGUCACGUCGGAAAAGAUCAUCGUGGCCAACUGCGGCGACUCACGCGCCGUGCUCUGCCGGAACAGUGCACCCGUUCCGCUCUCCGACGACCAUAAGCCGGAUCGACCCGACGAGUUGCUUCGGAUCCAAGAUGCGGGCGGGCGCGUGAUAUAUUGGGACGGGCCUAGAGUGCUUGGGGUCUUGGCCAUGUCAAGAGCUAUAGGAGACAACUAUCUGAAGCCGUAUGUAAUUUCGGAACCGGAGGUAACGAUAACGGAACGGAGUGAAGAGGAUGAGUGUUUGAUAAUAGGGAGCGACGGGCUUUGGGACACGGUGCAAAACGACACGGCGUGUAAGGUGGCCCGGAUGUGUCUAAACGCGCAGAAGGCGGCGGCGUCUCCGGGGAGGGAGUCGGCAGUGGAGUGCUCCGACAAGGCGUGCUCCGACGCCUCCAUUCUGCUGACGAAGUUGGCGUUGGUGAGGCACAGUUCCGACAAUGUGAGCGUGGUGGUGGUUGAUUUGAGGAGAGAUGAUCCUGAUUCCUGAACAAUAAAAGGAAUUAUUAUAAUUAAUUGAAUGUUCUAAUCAACCGCCCCAAACCUUCAUUCUUUGGAUUUUUGUUAUAGACGACAAAAAGGGUAGAAAAUGAAGGUGUUACGUGGCGCACAUUCCAUGAGUCCAUGUGAUUGUAAUUAAAUACUAGUAAGCAUUUUAAAUCAAGAGCAGGGUGAAAAUUGUAAUUUCCGAUAAACCUUCACCAAACUAUGGAAAUUUUCAAAGCAUCUAUU